UACUGGUCUAUAGUUGACUGGCUACAGCAGGUGGCAGUAACGCUCCUUGCUCUUAGUCACCAGCUCACACUAAGCAGAAGAAGAAGAUGCUUAGGGAACGUUUCCCUAAAUACAUGUGCUGAGACGGUAUAAGAAGGAUAUCUACUGAAAACAUGGCGAAAAAUAAACAGAAGGGUAAAAAACAGCAGAAUGUGUUUCAGGUGGCUAACAAGCAGUCCAAGCCCAAGUCCAAAACUAAGCCGGUGAAGACUUCAUUAAAACGUAUAAACACCCUGAAAAAAGAGAGAGUGGAGAACUUGAAUCAGAUUUUCUCUGAGGUGCAGAGGGAUAUGAAGAGUAUUUCAAAAUCUACAGCUAAAGAAUCUACAGGAAAAACACUGAUCUCAAGGGAGAAACUACAGGAAUCAGUGAAUGUGGAUGGAGCUGCCCAACUUUUCUCUCAACUUUAACAACAUAUAUUAUUUCAAAACAUAUGUCAUAUGAGCAAGAUCCGCACACAUUAUGCACAUUAUGAAGCCAGUUAAUUGAAAAUGAGGCCUGGAUCAAAUGAAUACGCCAUAUAUAGGAAAAUGAUCUCAAGAGUCAGAUUUCAUAUAAUAAAUGUGUUAACAAUG